CCGCUUGACAGGUGGACAGCUGAAUCGAUGUCAAAACAAGCAUUUUGUGUUCCAAAGCGGAUGGUGAGGUUUUCGUCGUGAGAUGAGUAUUUCAAUAACAGAAAAUGCGUGUCGUGUUUGCCUUGUCGAACAGGAGAUCAUGAUCAAUCUAUUCGACACAGUUGAGGAUUUCCAGAAGCAACGAUUAAGUGAUUUGCUGGAGAAUUGCAGCGACUUGAAAAUCGACCAGUCCGAUAACCAGCCGAAAUUAAUAUGCGACGAGUGCACGGGCGAGCUCCUUGUCGCGGCCAAGUUCCAUGCAAAGUGCAGAAGAACGCUGGAGAUCCUGUCGCAAGUGCAACAAGCCAUUGAAGAGAACAAAACAACGAACGAUGAGGAUAUUGCCGCCAACGAGGUGAACGAUGUCGAGGACGCUUUACAUACGCCCGUGGACGUCGACAGUAUUAUAAUAGAAGAGCACGAGAUGGAGGAUGAAGGGGUCGAGGCUGAUCAAAAUAGUUCGCAGCAGGACAAAGAGGACCUCAUGUUCGAGGAAGUGGGCUAUGUGGAGGAGGAUAUGAACAACGAUCAGAUUAUUCUGUAUGAACCAGAUGUAAUUGAAGAGCAUUUAUCACCUAAGGAACAGGAUAGCGAAGAGCAUCAUAUUGAGCAGGAUACGAUGGAGUACGAGGAACAGAAUGUAUUUGAGAAAAUCGCAGUUUUGGAAAGAAAGAAAUCUCUACGUACAACCGUUGCGCCCCGCCCUCUCAUAAUCAACUGCAAGUGUGACGUUUGCGGUGCCGGAUUCACUCAUGUUAAUAAUCUCAAUCGGCACAUUCAAACACACAAUCCGGAAGAAAUUUUCACAUGUUCCAUUUGUAAAUAUCCAUUCACAACCUAUCUAGCCUUAGAAAAUCACAGUUCAGAACACCAAAAGGACGCUGACAUACUUGAAAGGGACUUGAGAGAGGAGAACUACGAAACCAAAGAGAAUAUUCUCGGAAAAGCGGAAAGCCCCCCAAUUGGUAAAUGCGAUACUGACAAAUUGGUGGCAACUGUCAGUGCUAGUGAGGAACCGCGGAGAACGAAAAUUUGCGAUAUUUGCAAUAAGCCUUUUGUCUCGAAGUCAGCGUUAGAGGCACACAUAAGAACACAUACUGGAGAUAGGCCGUUUAAGUGCGACGUAUGUCCUAAGGCAUUUAAAACGCAAGGAGGCUUAGCGUUGCAUUUAAGAAGGCACUUGGGAGUCCGCCCGUACGUCUGCAACGUGUGCAAUAAAAGUUUCGGCGAGAGUAGCAACUUAAGAGUGCACAUGCGAACACAUACCGGCGAAAAACCUCAUAAAUGCACUAUUUGCAAUCGGAGUUUUGCACGUGUCUUUCUCCUCCAGAUUCAUCUGCGUACACACACCGGUGAGCGUCCGUAUCAAUGUCCGUUUUGCGAUAAAGCUUUUGCACAAGGCGGCGAUUUGGCAUCACACAAACGUACCCACACGGGAGAAAGACCGCAUGUUUGUCCAUAUUGCAAAAGAGGAUUCAUCAAAAGUAGUGGACUAACGCAGCACAUGCGAAAACACGUGAAUCAGGAAGCAAGGUCGGAAGAUGCAGUGCACAAUGAUUCAGAUGCGGAGGUUGUUAAGGGUAGCGGAGGCAUUCGAUUGUUUAUAGUCGGCGAAGAGGAUGCGAGUGUCAUUUCCGAGAAUGAAGGAAAUGAUGACAAUCUGAAAGAUAUUAAAGUGGAAGAUUAUGUUAUCGAGUUUAAUGAAGACAUCGAGACGUACAAAAACCAACCUCAUAUUCGCCGAGACCUCAUAUUCAUGGCUAAAAAGGGCAAGAUGAGGCAGUCGUUGAACGAUGAGGGUGAUUGCGAGAGUGGACAAUCGGACGAUAACAUUAUCGUGAUCGAGGACAGCUUGGAUAGUAUUAUAGACGUCGACCUGCUCUAUGCCCACCAGGAGACCUUCUUUGGUGAGCUACGAUGCGCAAAAUGUGGCCAGAAGUUCGAGUCGGCGGAGCAGAUGACCAACCAUAAUGGAUCCGGCGAAUGCAACGAAAUCGAGUCAAUAUGCCAUGUUUGCAUGAAAGUCAUAAAAGGACACGACAAGUUUCUGAGUCACAUAAAAACUCAUGAAAUUAGUGAAGACGAUGAGAUGGAUGGAGGUGCAUCUGCCGAUGAUGGACAACCGGAGGGUGAAAGUGCAGCGGAAGACACGGGGCAAGAAGAGAUGAAGUGUCCUUUUUGUGGAGAAGGCAUUGGUAACGACGGAGUAGAUUUCGAGAAACAUCUGGAAAAGCAUGCCUUCGGUGACUCCACUGGAACCCGAUAUCCAUGCAUGGUUUGCGAGAAACCAUUCAAGACACGAAGUGAUCUACGUCGUCAUAUGGUUCGUCACACCAACAUAAAACCCUUCAAAUGCAUGUACUGCGUCAAAACAUUCGUAACGAAGAACGAGCUGCAAACCCACAUUCGUUCCCACACGGGCGAACAUCCGUACGAAUGUGAUCUGUGCUAUGCAACGUUCACUACCUCGAGUUCAAUGAAGAAACAUCGUAACAAACAUACCGGCCAAACGCGAUAUAUCUGCUACAUAUGUUCGAAGAAAUAUUUCGAUUCGUAUGCGUUAAAUCGUCAUAUUAUGAUGCAUACGGGUGAAAGGCCGUUCCAGUGCAAUAUUUGCAAUCGGGGCUUUUGUCAACGCGGUGAUAUGACAGUGCAUAUGAGGACCCACACGAAUGAGCGCCCAUUUGAGUGCCCGAUAUGUUUUCUAACGUUCAAACAGUCGAGCAAUCGGAAUGCACAUGUCCGAAGGCAUACGACUGACUCGAAAUAGUAUUUGUCAAUGAAAGAAAAGAACAAUUUAGGGGUAAUUAGGAUUAAUUUUGUAUAUACAAAGAGAAAAUUUCAGUCACUAUUGAUAUUUGAGUAUUUAUGAUGAAUUAGUGUAUUAUGAUCACCAAUUACCAAAGAUUUUAUUUCUAAUAUAACAGUAUUUACUACAACCUGAAA